UCAUUGCCAAUUUUGUCACGGGUAAUUCACAGAAAUCUCCAACUGUAAUAUACUACUGCUUAGCCAGGUUUGCUCCUCGAGAGAGAGAAUUUUUCUUUCCCGCACGCAAUCUCUACUAUUGAAAGAUUCAGAGUUCAUUCAUUCACCACAAGAAGUUCAUCUCGGAUUCACCAGAAGUCUACUGUGCCAUUUCAGACACUACACGGCAUGUAGGACACAACGCAACCAUUCUAGUCUUGUUGCAUGUUUUUUUUUCCUACGACUCUAGUAAGUUCUCAGACUGUUCCAAAAGUAGAAGAUUAGGCCAUGCUUUUUGCAGGGCGUAAAUCAGUAGCAUUAGCUCAGUUGUUCGCGGGCUAUCAUUAUUAUGACUAUUGUCCUAUUGCGCAUCCCAUAAUGAAAUGCUUUAAUCCUCUGAGGAAAGAACGUUGACAUCGUCAUAUCGGUGGGAGCUUCCGCCUUUAUUUUAUUUGGGUUAUAUCUGCUGUGAAACAGAACAAAAAGAGAGCUAAUUCCAGUUCGCUUUUGAGUGUGCGAGUUUGUGUGCACGUGUAAAGUUUCUGCUUGACCUUCUUUUUCGUUUGAUCCGUGGAGAAAAUGUUUGUUGGGUUUUUUGGGCCUUUUCAGAAUGAGAAAGGCGAGUCUGUACGUGACUGUGUUGUCUCUGUUGGUGCUUGGCAAUGGGUGGAUGGCCGAAGCUGCAAGAAGAACAAAGGAUGGAUCAGAAGAGUGGGGUUAUGUCGAAGUCAGACCCAAAGCACACAUGUUCUGGUGGCUCUACAGAAGUCCAAACAGAGUUGAUGAUCCCUCCAAGCCUUGGCCUGUCAUUCUCUGGUUGCAGGGUGGACCAGGUGGAUCAGGAGUUGGGAUUGGCAACUUUAAAGAGAUUGGACCACUGGACACCCGCCUGAAACCACGAAAGUUGACAUGGUUGAAGAAAGCCGAUCUCUUGUUUGUGGACAACCCCGUUGGAACAGGAUACAGUUUUGUGGAGGACCCAAAGCUUUUUGUGAAGACAGAUGAAGAAGCUGCAACAGAUUUGACUACAUUGCUAAGGAAGAUAUUCAACAGGAAUGAGUGUCUCCAGAAGAGUCCUCUCUACAUUGUGGCCGAGUCUUAUGGAGGGAAAUAUGCUGUCACUCUUGCCUUGUCUGCACUGAAAGCCAUUGAAGCUGGCAAAUUGAAGCUUAAGCUUGGAGGAGUUGCAUUAGGAGACAGCUGGAUCUCCCCUGAAGACUUUGUGUUUUCGUGGGGUCCUCUUCUCAAAGACGUUUCAAGACUUGAUGACAAUGAUGUGAAAAAGUCUAACAGGGUAGCUGAGGAGAUUAGGCAGCAGCUAAUGAGGAGGCAGUAUAGGGAGGCCACAGCUUCUUGGAAUGAGCUCGAGAGAUUGAUCUCCUCCGGUAGCAAUUCAGUGGAUUUCUACAAUUUUCUAUUGGAUGAGGGAAUGGACCAUGUGUCCAUGGAAGCAGUGGAACUCGCGCAAGGAGCAUCGAUGAACAGAUACUUGAAUUACUUGAAAUCUUCUGCAAAAAAUAAUGGCAAUUUCGACACCUUGAUGAACGUCGUUGUCAAAAAGAAGCUCCGGAUAAUCCCAGCGAAUUUAACAUGGGGAGAGCAGUCGGACUCUGUCUUCUCAGCCCUUGGAGGCGAUUUCAUGAAACCAAGAAUUAAAGAGGUCGAUGAGCUGCUCGCCAAGGGAGUGAAUGUGACUAUAUACAAUGGGCAACUUGAUGUAAUUUGUGCAACUAAGGGGACUGAAGCAUGGGUUAAGAAGCUCAAGUGGAAAGGACUGAAGAGAUUUUUAAGGAUGGAGAGGACACCUUUGUAUUGUGGGACGGGAAGAGUGACAAAGGGGUUCAAGAGAUCACAUAAGAACUUGCACUUUUACUGGAUUCUUGGAGCAGGUCACUUUGUACCAGUGGAUCAACCCUGCGUAUCACUGGAGAUGGUCGCUGCCAUCACACAGUCGCCUGCUUCUACCUAAGACCAAAGCAAUAAGAAAAAGGAACGACAGUAGCGAGGGCUUCCGGUUCUGUAUGGUCAAAUAUCUCAAAUCUUACUACACAAGAAAAGGAAGAAGAAGGGUGCAGCUUCUUUGUCUUUUUGUUCUUCUCAGAACAGGAUAUAAGAGCCAUGUCCAUUCUUGGAUUUCACAUAUUUAUUGAAAAAAUGGAACGACAAUCUAUCAAAAGGGAAACAAAUUGGAAAA